UCUGUUACUUCGAUCCCCUUCCAUCUGUGCCCUCUUUUCACGCGCUUCUUUUUUUAUUCCUCUUCGACUCUCCCUCACUAAUCUGUUACUUCGAUCCCCUCUUCCAGCUGUGCCCUCUUUUCACGCGCUUCACCUGAACGUCGCUGAAACUCAGAUUUGCUCAUCGGAAACCGCCAUCAGUUAUAUCCUCAGCUCGAGAAAUGUAUAACAAUGUGGGAGCCCAGCCUGGAGUGCCAGUGCCUCCAACAAAUCCUCAGCCUAAUCCAUUUGGGAAUUCAUUCUAUGGAGCUGGUUCUGGGCUUAUUAGAGGGGGACUUGGUGCAUAUGGAGAGAAAAUUCUAGGAUCAAGCUCCGAAUAUGUACAGAGCAAUAUAAGUAGAUACUUCUCCGAUCCCCAAUAUUAUUUCCAAGUGAAUGACCAAUACGUGAGAAACAAAUUGAAGAUUGUUCUAUUUCCAUUCCUUCACAGGGGACACUGGACUCGGAUAACUGAGCCAGUAGGGGGCAGGCUUUCCUACAAACCUCCAAUUUAUGAUAUAAAUGCACCAGACUUGUACAUUCCCUUCAUGGCAUUUGGUACAUAUGUUGUACUUGCUGGCUUGUCAUUAGGACUUAAUGGAAAGUUCAGUCCAGAAGCACUGAAUUGGUUGUUUGUGAAGGGAUUAUUUGGCUGGUUUCUGCAAGUUUCAUUGCUCAAAGUAUCACUGCUUUCAUUAGGUAUUGGAGAGGCACCCUUGCUGGACGUUGUUGCAUAUGGUGGAUAUACAUUCGCAGGAAUGUGCUUUGCUGUCCUUGGAAAGAUUUUAUUCAACUACUCGUACUACUUCUUAAUGCCAUGGACCUGCUUAUGUAUGGGAGCUUUUUUGGUGAAGACGAUGAAGAGGGUCCUUUUUGCAGAGGUGAGGAGUUAUGAUUCGAGCCGACAUCAUUAUCUGUUGCUAUUUGUUGCCUUGGCUCAGUUCCCACUAUUCAUAUGGCUUGGUAACAUUACGAUUAAUUGGCUUUUCUAAACUGAAUUACUUGAUAUUGUAGUAAAAAAAGAAAAUUCAAGUGUUUGUAGAGCCUUUGAGAUUUGAUGGAAAAACUUCCUGCUUUAGUUAAUAUUUUUUUACCGGGGAUCAUUUUCAUUAUGAAUCACCUACUCUACUGCCCCGUCCAACCUGAUUUUAGAUAUUGAGAUGUUUAUGGUGCUUCAGGUGAUCUAUUAAGUUAGCAAACUAUUUUAGAUUCUUCAUAUUGGUGAAUGGGAGAACUUUUUGACAGAGGCAGACCCAUUGUUACAUUGUACUUGGCAGAUAUAUAAUUGUAGAUUUUUUCUUUGUUAAUGUAGUUUUCUUCAUUUUA